AUGAAACCAACAACUUCCGUCCCCGCGAUCCGAACCCUCACGAAAUCCGCACUCGCACGAACCGCCCGGCCUGUCUUUGCGCGCAGCUUUGCGGCUCCGACCGGCCUGGGAACCACGGCGACGCCAAAGGCGAAACGGAGGAGCGUGACGCCGUUCAACGAUACCGGCUUUGUGCCAUGGAGCGAGCUGUCCGGCGCUGAAAAGGCGGCGAGGGCGACGCAGCAGUCUUACAACUUUGGCAUGGUGAUUGUCGGCCUCGUCUGUACGGGAGGCGUUGCGUACUUUUUGUGGACUGACGUCUUCUCUCCCGAGAGCAAGACGAAUCAGUUCAACAGAGCUGUCAACAUGAUCAAGAAGGACUACAGAUGCCUCGAGCUUCUUGGUGAUGCCAACAAGAUACAGGCCCAUGGAGACGAGACGUUUAACAAGUGGAGGAGGGCACGACCCAUCACGUCUACUGAAACGAUGGACGCUCAGGGCAACCAGCAUCUCAAGAUGCACUUCUACGUUGAGGGUCCAUUGGCGAACGGAGUGGUGCAAUGCCACAUGGUCAAGCAUCCCGGUCAGAGCGAUUACGAGUACAAAUACCUGUUUGUGGACGUAAAGGGCCACGAGAGGAUUUACCUGGAGAAUGCAGACACGGCCGCCGCACGGUCAGGGAAGAAGCCUGUGACCUUUUUCGGCGUGAAAUGGGGAUGA